AUGCACAUCAAGGAGGUAACCCUCGAGGGAUUCAAGUCGUACGCGGGGCGGACGGUGGUGUCGGGGUUCGACCCGCUGUUCAACGCCAUCACCGGGCUCAACGGCUCCGGCAAGUCCAACAUCCUCGAUUCCAUCUGCUUCGUGCUCGGCAUCACAGAUCUCCGCCAGGUGCGCGCCACCUCGCUCCAGGAGCUCGUCUACAAGCAGGGCCAGGCCGGGGUCACCAAGGCUACCGUCUCUAUCGUCUUCGACAACUCCGACCGCUCCCGGUCCCCGCUCGGCUAUGAGGACUCGCCCGAGAUCACUGUCACGCGCCAGAUUGUUGUUGGUGGAAGGAACAAAUACCUUAUCAAUGGCCAUCUUGCACAACCAUCCCGGGUCCAGACCCUUUUCCACUCAGUGCAGCUUAAUGUAAACAAUCCUCAUUUUCUAAUUAUGCAAGGGCGCAUAACAAAAGUGCUGAACAUGAAGCCUCCAGAAAUUUUGUCCAUGUUAGAAGAGGCAGCAGGCACAAGAAUGUAUGAAAUGAAGAAAGAAUCUGCUCUUAAGACACUUGAGAAGAAGCAGAAUAAAGUUGAUGAGAUUAAUAAACUCCUUGAUGUUGAAAUCCUCCCUGCACUAGAGAAGCUUAGAAAGGAGCGGUGCCAAUACAUGAAAUGGGCCAAUGGCAAUGCUGAACUGGAUAGGCUCAAACGAUUUUGUAUUGCCUAUGAGUUUGUUCAGACCGAGAGAGUGCGAGAUGGUGCACUCAAUGAUGUCAAACAAAUCAGGGCAAAGAUUGAUGAGCUGGAUGAAAAUACAGAAAAGAUAAAAGCAGAUAUACAAGAAAUGGACAAUAACAUUUCUACCUUGGCUGCUGAAAAAGAAGCUAAACUAGGUGGUGAGAUGAAGCUUCUGUCAGAUAAAGUGGAUAAAUUAUCACAUGUACUUAUCAAGGAAACUUCUGUGAUGAAUAAUCAAGAGGAAACCCUGAAGUCUGAGGAAAAGGGUGCUGAGAAGAUUCUCACAAACAUUGAGGACAUAAAAAGGUCUAUACUCGAGAGAGAUGCUGCUGUAAAAAAUGUAGAGAAUGAGGCGUCUGAUAUGAAAAAAAGAGCAGAGGAGCUCACAAAGGAGUUGGAUGAGAAGGAGAAAGAAUACCAGGGUGUGCUAGCAGGAAAAAGCAGUGCAAGCGAGAAGAAAUGCCUUGAAGAUCAGCUUAGAGAUGCAAAAGCUGCAGUUGGAGAUGCAGAAUCUGGACUAAAGCAGCUAGCCACAAAAAUAAAACAUUCUGAAAAGGAGUUGAAGGAGAAGAAAGUUCUGUUAGUGUCCAAGCGUGAUGAGGCUAUUGCAGCUGAGAAUGAGCUGAAAACAAGGACAAAGGACUUGGAUGGUAUCAAGGCAUCCAUGGGAUCUAUAAACUACGAUGAGGGCCAAAUGGAAGCUUUGCAAAAGGACCGUUCUACAGAGUUAGAAAUUGUUCAGAAAUUAAAGGACUGUGUUCGUAAGCUUUCUGGUGAGCUUGCUAAUGUUCACUUCAGUUAUCGAGACCCUGAAAGGAAUUUUGAUAGAUCAAAAGUCAAAGGGGUUGUUGCACGUCUUAUUAGGAUUAAGGAUAGCUCAACAGCUACAGCACUGGAGGUUGCCGCAGGUGGGAGGUUAUUUAAUGUGGUGGUUGACACAGAAGAAACUGGAAAGCAACUAUUAAAGAAUGGGGAUCUACGAAGUAGAGUAACCAUCAUACCUUUGAACAAAAUCCAAACAUACAUGAUACCUGACAGAGUUCAGCAGGCAGCUCGUAGACUGGUUGGUCCUGACAAUGUAACGUUAGCUCUAGAAUUGGUUGGAUAUGGUGAGGAAGUAAAGAAUGCCGUGGCUUAUGUCUUUGGCUCAACAUUUGUGUGUCGUAAUACGGAUGCGGCAAAAGAGGUUGCGUUUAAUAGGGAAGUUAGCAGUACUAGUGUGACUCUUGAGGGUGACACUUAUCAGCCUAGUGGUCUUUUGACUGGAGGUAGUAAAGGGGGUAGAGGGAACUUGCUAAGGAAACUCGACGAACUAGCUAAAGCUGAGGCUGAUCUAUCCGAUCAUGAGAAAAGGCUCUCUGUCAUUGAACAGCAGAUUGGAGCCCUUUUGCCAUUGCAGAAAAGGUACACUGAGUUGAAAUCUCAGUUUGAACUCAAGUCAUAUGAUCUCUCGCUAUUUCAGAGCAGAGUUGAGCAAAAUGAACAUCACAAGUUAGGUGAACUUGUAAAGAAAAUUGAACAAGAGCUUCAAGAAUCAAAACAAGAGUUGACAGAAAAGGAAGUGCAGCAUGAAAAAUGUGUGUCUACAGUUUCUGAGUUAGAAAAAACUAUCAAGACUUAUGGCACUGAACGAGAGGGCAGACUCAAAGCGCUGGAGAAAAGGAUCAAAUCAAUUAAAUCAGAGAUGCAGUCCAUGUCAAAGCAACUUAAGGCUUAUGAAAGUGACAGGGAGAGGCUGAUCAUGGAGAAAGAUGCAGUUGCUAAUGAGCUUGCUACACUGGAAGAGCAGUUAACAACUUCAAAAGCUCAAAUUACUUCUCUGUCUGAAACCUUGGAAAAACAAAAGGACAAGGUUACUUCCAUAAAGCAAGAUUAUGAUCAAGCUGAAAGUGAGCUCAAUGUUGGGCGUUCUAAACUGAAGGAAUGUGACUCACAGAUAAACCAUAUGGCCAAGGAACAGCAGAAACUUCAGCAGAAGUUAAGUGAUUCAAAUGUUGAAAGGAAGAAAAUGGAAAAUGAGGUUAAGAGGAUGGAGAUAGAGCAGAAGGAUUGCUCUUCAAUAGUUGAUAAGCUAGUGGAGAAGUAUAGCUGGAUUGCAACUGAGAAACAGUUGUUUGGGAAAAGCGGUACAGAUUAUGAUUUUCAAUCUUGUGAACCACAUAAAGCCCGCGAGGAACUUGAAAAUCUUCAAGCUCAACAAUCCAGUCUUGAGAAGAGGGUCAAUAAGAAAGUUAUGGCAAUGUUUGAGAAGGCAGAGGAUGAGUACAAUGAUUUGAUGUCAAAGAAAAACAUCAUCGAGAAUGACAAGGCAAAAAUCAAGAAAGUGAUAGAAGAGUUGGAUGAGAAGAAGAAGGAAACCUUGAAAGUCACAUGGCUCAAAGUAAACAAGGAUUUCGGAUCUAUAUUCAGUACUCUUUUACCUGGUACAAUGGCAAAACUUGAUCCUCCAGAAGGUGGCACUUUCUUGGAUGGUCUUGAAGUUCGUGUGGCAUUUGGGACAGUUUGGAAGCAGUCUCUAUCUGAACUUAGUGGAGGGCAACGGUCCCUUCUUGCUCUUAGUCUUAUCCUGGCUCUGCUUCUUUUUAAACCUGCACCACUUUACAUAUUGGAUGAGGUUGAUGCUGCUCUUGAUCUGAGCCACACCCAAAACAUUGGUAGAAUGAUCAAGGCUCAUUUUCCGCACUCUCAGUUCAUAGUUGUCUCUUUAAAAGAGGGUAUGUUCAACAAUGCCAAUGUGAUAUUCCGAACAAAAUUUGUUGAUGGUGUGUCCACUGUGACACGUACAGUGCCUUCAAAACAGAGAUGA